GUGAAAUUUUCCUCUGCCCCUCCUUAAUUCUCAAUACUCUGCCUUCCAUCUUUUCUCCUCCUCCCUCUCGUUAGGCUGUCGCUGAGUUGAGUUGAGCUUCUUCUCUGCUUUCUUUUUCCUUGGUCUGAUAAAAGUUGAACGAACCAUGGCGCUAUGGAUGGAGGAUGGUUCGAAUCCCUUAACAGAGAACGAGAAAGCUGACCUUGACGCCAUAGCUGCUCUUAAAGAGAGUUCUGCCCUCGAGUUCAAGGAAAAGGGGAAUGAAUUUGUCAGGUUAGGUAGAAAGCACUAUACUGAUGCUAUUGAUUGCUACACAAAGGCAAUUAAUCAGAAAGCCCUAAGCAACUCUGAGAACUCUGUCCUUUAUGCAAAUAGAGCUCAUGUGAAUUUACUUCUUGGAAACUAUAGACGAGCUCUAAAUGAUGCUGAGGAGGCAAUCAAUUUGUGUCCCACAAACAUCAAGGCAAUUUAUCGAGCUGCUAAAGCCUCUCUUUCCCUGAAUUUAUUAGAUGAAGCAAAGUCCUACUGUGUAAGUGGUAUAAGGUGCGACCCAAAUAAUGUAGAAAUCAAAAAGAUUGAGAGUCAGAUUGAUUCACUGAUAUUGGAGCAGGAACAACGUGAGGCUCUAGUUACAAAGGCUAUUGCAGAGGCAGAGAAACUUGUUUCUGCAGUCGUGCAUAGAGGUUUUAAGAUUGGGAACGCGACAUAUCAAGAACUAACUGGAUUAAGAAAGCCGGUAUUAGAUAAAAAUAACAUUCUCCACUGGCCAGUUCUUCUACUGUAUGCAGAGGUUAUGUCCAGCGACUUCAUUGAGGACUUCUGUGAGACUGAUAUGUUUUCAGCUCAUCUGGAUAUGAUGUUUGCAGAAGAUUGUCCUCCUUUGCCAUGGGAUGCAGAAAAUAAAUAUACUCGUGAAGCAAUUGAACUAUAUUAUGAGGCUGGUUCAGGAAUUUGUUUAUCAAAAGAGAGAAUUUUAAGAAAUUUUCUAGAGGGAACUGCUGCAUCUAAUGCAGAAAGCAUUGCACUUGAAGAUGCAGUUGAAGAUUCAAAUCAUACCACUUCUGCAAAUAAAGGGUCUUCUAAAUGGAUCAAAGUUCAUGAAAGGAGAACGCUUCACGACGUUCUAAAGGAGCCGAACUACAUUAUACCAGGAAUACCAGUCUUUUAUGUUGUUUCAAGAAACUCAAAAUUUUAUAAAGAUUUCAAAGCUGGGAGAUGGGUUCCUCCCUCAUAAGUUUAUUGGAUCAAGCAGAGCAUAUGCUGUACCAUUGUAAGUUCCAUAGCAACUUUUUGCUUAGGUCAAUGCUGGUUCUCUCAAUCUUCUGUUAUUUUUCAAAUUUUGUUUUCAUGAUUGACUUAGGGUAGGUUAGGUUAUAGUACUUGUUCUUGUGCAAUCUAAAGCAUUUUACCAUUAUUAUCAUAUUUAUUUAUUUUUUCCAAGAUUCUCUUUUUUUCUUAGUUGAUUUAACCAGUCAUUUUGAUUGAAA